UGGAUGCGGCUUCGUUUACAUCACCAACCGGCAAAUAGCCACAGGGAGGAGUUUCAGCCUGCGUAUGAAAAAGAGAAAAACACGCACGUCCACACCUUGAAGAUGUGGGUGAAAUUAGGUGGCUGGCUACAAAAAGUGGGGAGUCACAGACCGCAGUUGCAUGUGGAUAUAACUCGCAGGAGUUGGACGUCAGCAGCUGCUUUGCCUGAAAUUUGAAGAGCGCAAUGGACUCAGUUCCCAGCAUCUCCUCUGAUGAGCCCAAGGUGAAGAGAGGCUUUGACCAAAUGGUGUUCGUCAACAGAAGUGUGACCCUGGAAAACAUCCAAUGCUAUGGAUUUGACAUGGACUACACAAUGGCAAUGUAUAAGUCUCCUGACUACGAGAGCAUCGGCUUUGAGAUGAUAAGAGACAGAAUGGUGUCUGUCGGAUACCCUCAUGAGCUUCUACGCUACACAUACGACCCCAGCUUCCCCACACGCGGUUUAGUGAUCGACACCACAUUCGGGAACCUCCUGAAGGUGGAUUCAAAUGGGAAUAUUUUAGUCUGCAGUCAUGGCUUCCACUUCCUCAAAGGAGAAGACAUUCAGAACUACUACCCCAACAAGUUCAUUCAAAGAGAUGACACCGACCGUUUCUACAUUCUUAACACUCUCUUCAAUCUUUCAGAGACUUACUUCUACACCUGCCUUGUAGACUUCUUCACCAGAUGCAGCAGAUACUCAAACCUCCUGAAAGGGUUCAAGCAUGGCGACUUGUUUAUGUCCUACAGAAGCAUGUUCCAGGAUGUUCGAGACACGAUGGACUACAUACACGACACGGGAAUCCUGAAGGGACAAACUAUCAAGAAUUUAGAUAAAUACGUUAUCAAAGAUCCAAAUCUCCCUAUACUCUUGACCCGGAUUAAAGUGGUGGCCAAGGUCUUCCUUGCCACCAACAGUGACUACAGCUACACCAAGGCCAUUAUGAAAUACCUGCUUGAAAAUAAUGCUAAUCCUGGAGGUGAGAAAAAGUCCUGGCGCUCCUUCUUUGACCUCAUUGUGGUGGACACCAAAAAGCCUCUGUUCUUUGCAGAGGGGACAGUGUUGAGACAAGUGGACACGAACACGGGAAAGCUUCGGAUCGGGACGUACACAGGCGACAUCCAGCAUGGAACUGUUUACUCCGGAGGAUCUUCAGACAUCAUCUGUGAUCUGCUGGACAUCAGAGGUAAAGACAUCCUCUAUGUCGGCGACCACAUCUUUGGAGACAUCCUCAAAUCCAAGAAGCGUCAGGGCUGGAAGACUUUCCUUGUCGUACCGGAGCUCACCAAGGAGCUGCAAGUGUGGGACGAGAAGAAAAAUCUGUUUGAGGAGCUCAAACGUCUCGACGUCUUCUUAGCUGAACUUUACAAGCACCUGGACAGCGGCAGUCAAGAGUGUCCCGACAUCCGGGCCAUUCAGUCGAGAAUGAAGGUGCUGACCUACAGAAUGGACAUGUCCUAUGGCCAGAUGGGCAGCCUACUACGCAGCGGUGCCAGACAGACGCUGUUUGGCAGCCAGCUGAUCCGUUAUGCAGAUCUGUACUCCUCCACCUGCCUCAACCUGCUGCACUACCCCUUUAAUUACCUCUUCAUGGCUCCCCCUGUCCUGAUGCCCCAUGAAUUAGUGUCUCAACACUCAGCUGACUUUGCCGCAUCAGAGCUCGCUGUAACCAACAAUGAGCAGAAACUAAGUGCUGAACACAGCUGGCCGAGAUGUUUCAUAAGAAGAAGAUGUGAAGAGGACUAUGCAAAAUAAUCUUUUAGCUGAUGAAGGUGACUGUUUGCACCUGUGCUUGUAUAAAAGGUUUGUUGCAGCCAUGACGUGCCUCCUUUCCAAAUAAUACUAACAUAUUGCUCCACCUAGUGGACGUGAAGUGCUAUGCCAUGCAACUGCAUUUUGGGAUUGAAAGCUAAAGCAGACUCAGGGUUGCUGUGUAUAUGAGUGUUAAUAUGUUGUUAUAUGUACUGUGCAUGUGCAGUUUUGAUGUUUGUGUAAUUGUUUUUAAGAAGUGACUUCAUUUGUUGUUUUUACAGCGAAACUUCUGAAUUAUAUCAAUAAAUUAUUCAUACUAUUUGUUUUCAUUGAAGUA